GUUGCCAGUGAGCUGAGAUUGUGCCAUUGCACUCCAGCCUGGGAGACAGUGAGACUCUGCCUCAAAAAUAAAUAAAAACCAGAAGUACCAUAAUGAAUAAAUCAAGUGUAAGACUCGAGGGAGACUGGAAAAGGAGUUGUGAGGGAACCAUUAAAAUUAAGUGAAAUUUGAAAAAUCAUCAUCACUUUGUGUUGGUGAAAGACUUACUGGCUAUGUGACCAACUAAAUGGGAUGAAGGCAGCAACUACCUCGGGGAACUGCUGUGAGGAUGUGUUGGGUUAACUUAUUGGAAGUGCUUUGCCCAGUGCUGUUCUAACAAUUCAAAGCAGUUCCACAUCCAUUGGGCCAGAAUAAACAUUUCCUAGUUGCAGUUGCGGGGACUGGUCAAGAGAGAUAAACAGGCUAAUGAAGGGUUUAUAACAUCAAAAUAAUGUGAUCCUCCAGUCAAGUAUAACCCCGCCCAGAUCUCAGCUGUAAUAGUGGAAAAGUGCACCACCUGCGAAAGAAUCAAGGAAACCUGGUGCUAGUGAACUCGGAUCAAUCACUUCCUAUUUCUGGGUGUUAGUUUUUUAUGUAUAAAAUACGAGUAACUGUGCCCACCUUGCGAGUUUAGGAUGAACACCAAAUGAACCAAAAGAUGUGACUGUGUUUCUUAAAAACAAAAACACUGCACCAAUAUUUGUCAUUCGGAGAGACACCCAAACGGCCUCGGUGGUGAUGAUAGGGGAGCGAGCUCCUGCCACUGGCCUCACAGCGGCUUUUCUCCACCCUUCCAGUCCAGUCCCAACCCCCAUAAAAUACGACGACUGUAGUACGACGAGUGUAAUACAGCGCGGAGAAUGCGGGGCCUGGAAACAGAGGCGGAAAGGCUCACCUGAACACACUGCUGGUAGCGCUUGAAGAGGUCGGUGCACGGGUCCCCGGAGCUGUCCCCCUUGAGAAACUUCUCGGCGAACCAGCGAUUGAAGCACUGGUCGUAUUCGCGCUUCAUGUCCGUGCAUGCCUCCCCCACACUGUUCAUGGCGACAGUGGUGUCGGCGGCAGCGGCAGCGCACUCUGAUGUCAUCACUCUUAGGCGCGUCGCUCGGCGUUACGCGCGGGCGCACUACGGGGGGCAAGGAAGGAAGAAAUGUGGUCGCGGUUGGUGUCGCUAGGCCUUCGGGCCCCUGUGGGCGGGCGCCAGGGCUUCACCUCCAAGGUGGAUCCUCAGGGCAGUGGCCGGAUCACGGCCCAGGUGAUCGAGCACCUGGAGCGUCUAGCGCUUGUGGACUUCGGCAGCCGCGAGGCAGUGGCGCGACUGGAGAAAGCUAUCGCCUUCGCCGACCGGCUACGCGCCGUGGACACUGACGGGGUGGAGCCCAUGGAGUCGGUCCUGGAGGACAGAUGUCUAUACCUGAGAUCCGACAAUGUGGUAGAAGGCAAUUGUGCUGAUGAAUUACUACAAAACUCCCAUCGAGUCGUGGAGGAGUAUUUUGUGGCCCCCCCAGGUAAUAUCUCUUUGCCAAAGCUGGAUGGACAAGAGCCAUUCCGACACAGCUGAGUAGCUCAUUCUGGAAAGGGGGUACUCUGUGACCAUGUGGAAGCACAAUGACAGUAUUUUCUUACUGUGAACACUAAUGUUCCUGCUUUUUUCAGUCACCUGAAAAAAUGGAUGCUCAAGCAUUUCUUAACAGAUUCUUCUGAAGACACAAUUGGGAAAGAUCUGGCCCCAAAAAUGAGUUCCUGAUGCUAACUGAGGUGAAAGGAAAGCGAAAGUCAGCUUCCAGGGAAUUCACUUAACAAGACUAUUCAGUAUGGAAGACAUUAUUUAUCUGCCUUUAACUCCCCCCAAAGGACUGUUUCAACUGCAUGAAAGUGUCUUCUAUCUACGUAACUGGUAGAUGGAGCAUCUUGAUCACUAUAUGACAACCCUGGCUGUCAUGUUUAGUUGCCAUCUGCAGUGAUUUGAGCAGCCCUAUUUUUACCAAACAUACCUGAAUUUGUUCCUGGGCUCCCACUCUCUUCCUAGAAAAGGGCUACCUUCCUACUAAGGUCUGAAGAGUGUUCAAAAUAGACUAGAGCUUGGGAACGCCUAAUCUAGAACUAUCUGCCAUCCCACAAAGUGAUUAUAUGCCAAAGGGAUACUAGUCAUACGUAGUGUUUCUCUUUCUGAAAAGAGAACUUAUCCUAAAAUUAGCCCUGGGUCUGCGAAAAAGGAGCCUUCUCCACCCCCAAAAUGAUUAUUAAAUUGAGAUAAGUCCAAGAUAAAACUCAGGAUACCAAGGAUAAAUGAAACUUAUUUAGCGAUAAAAGUGAUAGAAUCAGAGUUUUUCCUCUAACCAAACUGCCAAGGUUGGUUUUGGCUAAGAAUUUCCCAAUAAUAUUUACGUUGCUUGUCAUUUUUUUAGUUUUCUGAGACAGGGCCUCACUCUGUCACCCAGACUGGAGUGCAGUGGUGUGAUCACAUAAUUUGCAGCCUCCUGGGCUCAAGUGAUCCUCCCACCUCAGCCUCCUAAGUAACUGGGACUAGGUAUGUGCAUCACCACGUCCGGUUAAUUGUUUUUUUAAGUAGAGAUGGGGUCUUGCUAUGUUGCCUAUCUGUUCUUGAACUCCUGGCCUCAAGGGAUCCUCCGGCAUGCCUUGGCCUCCCAAAGUGCUGGGAUCACAGGCAUAAGCCACCGUGUGUUUAUUUUUCCCAUUCCCUUCCUUUAUCUGCAAUGCUUUUUUCUUCAAGGCAGCCUAAUUUACAAGCUUGGCCUUGAAUUAAAAGAGAACCCAGAACCCGCUCUUUGAGUUUACAUUCUCAAACCAGUAUCAGCAACUAUCUAUCACCAUAUAAAUAAAGUUAUCUACCCCUGCUCCUUACUAACUGGGUACAAGUUAUUACAACUCAGUGAUUUUUAAAAUUAGCAUGCCUAUUUUGUGAAAUCUGUGUACUUAAUCAAGGACAACCACACAUGUCAAUUACUAAACGUUUAAAAUAUAUUUCUAAACAGAAUGGGCCGACUCAGUCACAGUAACUUGUUGAUCUCCGUAGUAGAGCAACCCACAAAGACAGAACUGAUUUUUUUCCCAUAAUCAGGGGUGAAAAAUAUACAACUUGUUUCUGAACCAAAACCACAAUUUCUGCAGUUUAAAAUGUUUCACUGCUAAUAUGGCCCUGGUAGAAAUUAUGUAGGUUUUUUUUUCUUCUUUAAAAAAAAAAAAAUUAAAAAAAUUUCCUAAGACACUAAAUCCUCAAUCUGGAAUGUAGAUUCUGAGCACAAAGCAGCUCAGUUAACCUAAAAAAUAAAGAAAAAAUUCCCAUCACCUGUCUCAGUAGGGCCUGAAAGGAGAGAAGUAGUGUGGGGAACCCCUGCUUUGGUAUGGAGAGUCACGGCCCCUUGACCCAGACCGAGACCGUGAGUAGCCAUAGCUGGUGCUUCUCUCAGGAUAAACUCGGAUGUAGGAAGUUUCACCCUGAAAUGCAAACAAAAACAAAAAGAGUAAUGGGGAAAAAAAUCAGAGCCAGAAGAAUAAGCAAACCAACAUCUAACAAUAAUAGUUAAAUACUGAGCACUUACUGUGUACUCUGUACCUGGUUAGGCUAUCUCAUUAAACCCUCAUAACAUUAUGAGGUAGGUACUCUUACUAUCCCACUUCAAGAAUGAAGAAAAUUAAGACUUAAAUUAUAUCAUUUGCCUAAGGUAACACAAUAAAUGCCAAUUUGACAUGUUGAUAUUCAAUUAACUAUUAUAAACAAUAUAUCUGAAUUACUGCCAUUGACCCCUCUUCAAAGCUAAGAAUUGGAAAGGAUCUCAGGGGUCAUAUGGUUUAAUCCCCUGCCGCCUCAUAUAUGCAUCUUUGGAUGCGCAUCUAUGGAAGGAGCUAACCUGUAUUUAAUACCUUCCAGAUGUGAGGACCUGAGCUAGACGCUUUAGAUGUUAUCCUCUUGCUCUAGAUUCCUGACAAGUCUUGUGAAGGUGCUAUUAUGUGACCAUUUUGCCUAUGAGGGAAUCAAGGUUCCAAGAGUAGUUAAGGUAAGGAAUUAAUAAGCAGCAAAGGAGUCAUGUCCAGGCUGACUUGUCCCCAGGCCCUCUGCCUUCAGCCAGCAUUCUCAGAAGAUCCUAAGAUGCCAAGGGGAAAGAACCCGGAUGCUUUUUCACCUUAGGUGAAAGUCAAUAAUUGGAGUUACCCUUUCUGAGGCCCUGCUUUGCAGUGUAACUGAGGAUCAGGUGCUGUUCUAUUUCUGCUCCAAAUUCAAGUCCUAGAGGACAGUCUGAACAAAAGCAUCAUUAAACCAUGGAAGGACCAACCUCUAAGGCAAACACUAGUGAAUUAUAUGAAUCCUCAGAAAAAGAAAUGAGCCCAGAGACCUGUGUCCCCAAAUAUCUGUAAAUCUCAUAGUAAGGCAGGACAGAAUAACCAGAAAAAAAUGUCCAACUGGUGGUCUGGUUUCUGGUCUCAAUGGUACCAAAGGGAUAGUCUCAAACUGAGAUCCAAAACAGCAGCUGCUUUCCUACAAGGAAGGACAUCAAGAACUACUGAGUCUCAAGGGUGAGAUAAUUAACCACAAGAAAAUGUCACGGUUUAGCCUGGCACAGUGGUGCAUGCCUGCAGCCCCAACUACUGGAGAGGCUGAGGUGGGAGGGCUGCUUGGGCCCAGGAGUUCAAGGUCAGGCUGGGCAAUAUAAUGAGACUCUGUCUCUAAAAUCAAAAAUUAGAGAAACAUAAAAAUUAUAAAAUUAAAAAAGAAAAUGUCAUGAUAGCUCAGGUUUCAGAGAGGAUCCUGCACUACUCUGGGAAAAAAGUGAAGUGACAGCUCAGCCCUGACAGCAGGACCUAGAAGGGCUGAGAUGAAGAGGCUGGCCUGUAGAGCUCAGCCUAGAUCCACAGGAGGGGCAGCUGAGUUCACAGAGGGAUACUGCCAUUUAAGCUGGUUGUGAAUGGGGUGAUAUCAAGACCAACUGCACUAGUAUUCUCUCCAGGUUACAAAUACCAUGACCAAACUGUUAUGUGAUACUAAUAUGCAGAAUAAAGCAUAUUAAAAAACAAA